AAAAAGAGAUAAAGGUGGCAAAAAGUCAUAAUUCGUAACUCAUUAUAAUAAUUGAGCAAGCAAGGUAGCCAGAGGGAGGGUAGGCAGAAAGAAAGACAGGGAGAAUGGUCGCUCAAUAUUACAAUACGAAUUAUUAUAAUAUAAUUGUUGCUGAACCUCCUCCGGUAGCCAUACUAAAGUCGUAUUCCGAGCUCAAGAGAAGAAAGUCAAUUCCAAAUUCGGUUCCUCCUACUCCUCCUCCUCUUAGUCUUACUUCUUCUUCUUCUUCUUUGUGGGGAAGAUCUAGAUUUAAAUCCUGGGGUUGGGGCACCAGUAGCGGCAGCAGCAUUAUGAGCACUAGUAAUAAUAAGGUGAUUUGGGGCAUGGAAUCAUCAUCUGCCAACAACAUUACCACAACCAAUAAUCUGCGGCAUGUGGAGUCCAUGGCCACAAUGCCUUCUGGCGCUGGAAACAUUCCCCACCUCAACGCCAUCGUUUUGGGAGAAGCACUCGCUUUUGAAGAGAACGAUCUCAUCUUCCCCAGCGACGACUUUUCCAGCCAGGCUCAUGUUCCCUCUCCCGGCAAGUAUCUGGAGAUGUAUAAGAGGUCCAUCGAGGACCCCGCGGGGUUUUGGUCGGAUAUUGCUUCCAGCUUCUAUUGGAAACAGAAAUGGGGCCAACAAGUCUACUUGGAGAAUCUCGAUGUCAGGAAAGGCGAUAUCAGAAUUGAGUGGUUCAAGGGCGGUAUCACCAACAUCUGCUACAAUUGCCUUGACUCAAAUGUUGAAGCUGGACUUGGUGACAAAAUUGCCUUAUACUGGGAAGGCAAUGAGCCUGGUGUUGAUGCCACUUUAACGUACAUCCAGCUUCUCCACAACGUUUGCCAGCUUGCAAACUAUUUGAAAUAUAUUGGAGUUAAAAAGGGUGAUGCUGUUGUGGUUUACUUACCAAUGUUAAUGGAACUUCCAAUCACAAUGCUUGCUUGUGCUCGCAUUGGUGCAGUUCACUCGGUUGUCUUUGCUGGAUUUUCCGCAGAAUCUCUUGCUCAAAGAAUUGUGGAUUGCAAACCGAAAGUUGUAAUCACUUGCAAUGCUGUUAAAAGGGGUUCUAAGGUCAUCCACCUCAAAGAUAUAGUUGAUGCUGCCCUUAUUGAAUCAUCCCAAAGUGGGGUUUCUAUAGAUGUAUGCUUAACUUAUGAAAAUCAAUUGGCUAUGAAGAAGGAAAGUACCAAAUGGAAAGAAGAAAGAGAUGUAUGGUGGCAGGAUGUCAUACCUAAAUAUCCAACUACAUGUGCAGUGGAGUGGGUUGAUGCAGAAGAUCCACUUUUUCUGCUCUAUACUAGUGGGAGCACUGGGAAGCCGAAGGGAGUUGUCCACACAACUGGAGGAUAUAUGGUGUACACUGCAACAACAUUUAAAUAUGCAUUUGAUUACAAGCCAUCUGACAUCUACUGGUGUACAGCUGACUGUGGUUGGAUCACUGGGCACAGCUAUGUCACAUAUGGACCCCUGCUAAAUGGAGCGUCUGCUGUCAUAUUUGAAGGGGCUCCAAAUUAUCCUAAUCCUGGACGCUGUUGGGAUAUUGUUGAUAAAUACCAAGUGACCAUAUUUUAUACUGCCCCCACAUUAGUGCGGUCCCUCAUGCGUGAUAGUGACGAGUAUGUUACGCGAUACUCGCGGAAAUCCUUACGGGUCCUUGGAAGUGUAGGCGAGCCUAUUAAUCCAAGUGCAUGGAGAUGGUUUUUCAAUCUGGUUGGAGAUUCAAAAUGUCCUAUUUCUGACACUUGGUGGCAAACUGAAACUGGUGGCUUUAUGAUAACUCCAUUACCGGGUGCCUGGCCACAGAAGCCUGGUUCUGCUACUUUCCCUUUCUUUGGAGUUCAGGCUGUCAUAGUGGAUGAGAAGGGUGUUGAGAUUGAAGGGGAGUGCAGUGGUUAUCUGUGUGUAAAAAGCUCAUGGCCUGGAGCAUUCCGAACUCUUUACGGUGAUCAUGAAAGAUACGAAACUACUUACUUUAAACCUUUCCCUGGGUAUUAUUUUAGUGGUGAUGGAUGCAGCAGGGACAAAGAUGGAUAUCACUGGCUUACAGGACGGGUUGAUGAUGUUAUCAAUGUCAGUGGACAUCGUAUUGGUACAGCAGAAGUGGAAUCUGCUCUGGUAUCACAUCCCCAGUGUGCUGAAGCUGCUGUGGUUGGCGUUGAGCAUGAGGUUAAAGGACAAGGUUUAUAUGCCUUUGUUACUCUUGUGGAGGGUGUACCUUACAGCGAAGAACUCCGGAAAAGCCUUAUACUGAAUGUCAGAAAGCAGAUCGGAGCAUUUGCAGCACCGGACAAAGUCCACUGGGCCCCUGGCCUUCCAAAAACAAGGAGUGGGAAGAUAAUGAGGAGGAUUCUGAGGAAAAUUGCUUCUAGACAGUUAGAUGAGCUUGGUGACACCAGCACUCUUGCAGAUCCAAAUGUGGUCGAUCAACUUAUUGCUCUCGCAGAUGUGUAGACUCUGGUUUGGACACGCACUCACCAAAAAUGAUCAAUUGCAUCAGAUUAGGCAGUAGAAAAAAAUGAUGCACGAAGGUUCUGUUUCCCAUAACUUCUUACAGCGUACUCAGCACAUUAUAUGAAUGUCCUCCUUUAACUAAUGUUUCUUUAAACUACGGAUUAUGGACAGGCCACGUUUAGAAUUGCUUAUGUAGAAAGUAUUUCUGUUUCUAGCAAUGUAUUUCUGCUUAUAAGCGCCUUUGCUAGAAACGUUUUUAAUAGAAGCACGUCAAGUGCUAUAGUUUAGCUAUGUUGUACUCUGCUGCACCUCGAUGCCUGCGCAACAUGAAGCACGAUUGGGCUUUAAUAUAAACGGGGUCCGCGGACAUGGUAUGGCUCAGCACCAAGAUGGCAUGGGUGGGUAGUCUAUGUCGGCUAGCUGCUCUUCUUCUAUAAAAGCCAACACAAAUUCUUUAUAGAAUUGGAAUUUCGAGAAGUGAAACUUAUUACGAAAUAAGGAUGAGCUAUUGUAGAACAAUGAAAGUUUAUAAAGUUGAGAUUUGAAAGGAAUAAAUUUGGUCAGAGAUGGGUGAAAAUGAAAAUACGACAUGAGUCGGAUUUCCUGUCUGCAAAA